GAAUGAUGUGGUGAUUCUAUAUGAAAGGUCCCCGGAGAAUCUGAGCUCUCUCCGAUCUUUUUCUCCGCCGGGUUUUUGUGCUUUCCCUCAUUUUCUUCUCAAGCGAGUAAUUUAGGCGAUUCGUCGGUGGGUUCCUUCCACAUCGUAGAUUAGUCAAAGUUGCAGUUUUUACUCUCUAUCUCUUUCCAUUUGGGAUUUCUUACACUUGUCAAAUACUCAAAUGGAAAUUUCUUCGACGCGACGAGUUUUGUUUGCCUUCUGGAAGUGAGAAUCAGGAAUAAUAUGUGCUUCGCCUUCCGUUGUAGGGUUUAGAGUUUUCUUGAGCUUGAUUCGGCACUGGUUCUAGUCGAAUAGGUUAUAUUGUAUUUUUAGAGGCUUAAAGAGAGAACCUUUUUUUUUGGGGUUGAAGCGGGUGUAAUGGGGGAUAUAACCUGGGUUGAGGAGGGUAAUGUCUAUUCGACUGGUUCGAGGAAAAGGAAAGCGAGACCCAAACGAUUCCAAUUUGUAGGAUGGGGCUCGAGACAACUCAUUGAGUUUCUCCAAUCCCUUGGUAAAGAUACAACACACAAGAUCUCCAGAUUUGAGGUUAGUGAUACUAUUGCAAGGUAUAUCUCAGAGAAUGGCCUCUUAGAUCCAUCAAAUAAGAAGAGAGUUGCAUGCGACCAUAAGUUGAUCUCGCUUUUUGGGACUAAGACGAUAUUGAGAAUCAAAGUCUAUGACCUGCUGGAAAAGCAUUAUCAAGAGAACCAGGAUGAUUCAGAAUUUGAUUUCCUCUUCGAGGAUGAACCGCAGAUCAUUUCUCCCUCUGACAAGAUAGCUAACCGGACAAGAAAGGUUGUUCAGAAACCUAAUGGCACUUUUGCUGCAAUUGUGACUGAUAAUAUCAAGCUUCUCUACUUGAGAAAGAGUUUAGUCCAGGAACUGGUGAAGUCUCCUGAUACCUUUGAGAGUAAAAUGCUGGCAAGUUUUGUGAGGAUCAAGUCUGACCCCAAUGAUUAUCUUCAGAAGAACCCUUAUCAGCUUGUUCAGGUGACAGGCGUGAAGAAGGAACCCGGGACUGACGAUUUUCUUCUUCAGGUUACAAAUUAUAUAACAGACGUUUCUAUCUCUGUGCUAUCUGAUGAUAAUUUCUCCCAGGAGGAAUGUGAAGAUUUGCAUCAGAGAAUAAAGAACGGUUCUCUUAAGAGGCCCACAAUUGUGGAGAUGGAAGAAAAGGCUCGAAGUUUACAUGAAGAUCUGACAAAACACUGGCUCGGAAGAGAACUUGUAUUGUUAGAGAGGCUUAUUCGUCGGGCCAAUGAGAAGGGAUGGCGAAGAGAGCUGUCUGAGUAUCUGGAAAAAAGGGAGCUUCUUGAAAAUCCAGAAGAACAGUCCCGGCUAUUGUACCAAGUUCCGGAAGUUAUUGGAGAGGAACUUGUACCAGACCCUGAAGCGUCCCCCGAGGCUGACAGUGAACAACAAUUGAGUGAAUCUCCAAUCUCGAGCAUCCAAGAAACUCCAGAAGUCCGAAACCUCUUUGGUGGAGAAGAUCAACAGUUUAGUGGUUUUCUGAUAUCUAACCCCAGCACAACUCCGGGAAUUGCGUCUUAUGAUAUGGACUUAAACGGGAGAUUGCCAACAUGGACUGCUUCUGCAGGUGAUGAAUAUCUCCAUGGAGAUGUAGAGCAACCGGAAAAUGGCACCAUUGGAGAAGAGAUGCCGACUAAAGAGUCUAAUGUUCCUCAGCUUCAGACAAGUGUAACUGUAAGUAAUCAUAACAACGGAACUCAAGCUCGACCAAACCCAUCAGAGAUAAUAGAACUGAGCGAUGAUGAUGAAGAGGACAACAAUGAUGGAGAGACUGUAGACCCUAGAGUUGAAGAUGUUCAGGUUCUGUCUUAUGAUAAAGAGAAGUUAAACUGGUUAUACAAAGAUCCUCAGGGUCAUAUACAGGGACCUUUCUCUCUAGCGCUACUCAAAGCUUGGAACGACGCAGAGUACUUCUCCAAAAACUUCAAGGUUUGGAUGGUAGGACAGAGCCUGGAAUCUGCAGUUUUACUAACCGAUGUUCUUAGUCGAGUUUAGCCAAUGCAGUAGUGGAAGACGAGAUAAGUAGAUCCAGUGAAAAAGUGGUUUCAAAAUCAUCUUUUAUUGUCUGUAUUUGUCUUUAAAUUGCAGUAGGUUUUACUCCUUCAUUUAAGUAAACAAGGUGUGAAGCUAAUAAGCUAUUAGGUUUAGCAGUAAUACUAUCUUAAGUUAAGACUCCUUUCUUUUGUGUGAUCAUAACUUAGUCAAAA